UCCUGAGUUCUGCAUUGCAGGGAGGGAUACGUGGACAGCAAAGGUGUUGCUUGUGUGUUUUUGCAUAGUAGAGAGAUACCACCCGGACCAUGUCCUUCGACAGUUUAGGUUGGUGCAAGAGCCGCCUGACAAUGUUGUCUAUGAUGGUAGACUGCAUAGAAUAGACUUACAUGGGAAGGUGGAAAAGAAUUGGAGGGAGGAGCAUGGACCGUAUAUCAUUUCAUGGGAAAUGAGACGACAACAAGUUUGUCAUGCAUCUCCUUAGAUUGGUGAGAUGCCCCGCGAUCAUGCCUAUUACCUCUGGUACCGUCCAGUCACUCAAAAGUAUGUCAACUGCAACAGCGCUAAAUUAGAUAUAAUGAUUCAAAGCCAUUUAGUGCUGUUGGAGAUGCUUCCUGAAGGCAGCCAAGCUUACAACCAUGUCCGGCGUGUCCUAAAUAAUGUGGCUGGCAUUGGUGGUGGUCUUGCAGCAAAUGGGCAGGCAAACAAUGGGCAUGAGACUGAACCAGCAGCUACUGCAACCCCAAGCACAAGCGCAGCACCUGUAAGUACACCGACCCAUGGUCAGCGUGCUACUGCAAGCCUAAGUACAAGUGCAGCUAGGGGCCAUGGUCAGCCUGCUACAGCAAGCCCAAGCACAAGUGCAACCAGGGGCCGUGGUCGGCGUGCAACAAUCCCUCGGGUUGUAACUAGUCUUGAGAUGCCUGCACCCAUCCCGCACGCAUCUCCUCAGCCUGAGGUCCCUCCAUCCAUCCUAGAUGCAUCUCCUCAGCCCAAGGUCCCUUCACCCAGCCCACCUUCGCAGCCCAAUUUUGAUCUCGAUAUUGAUCAAAAUUUGACCCCUCCUAUACUCCCCGAGACACCCUCAUAAUCACCUACUAGCUCUAGUGCACCCAUUCCUGGCCUCUACAUAGAGCAUCAUUACCCACCUACCUCAUUCUCAUCUGACCCUCUAGGACCUCCGGCUUGGAUUGACACUCUACAGUCACAUACUGAUGUACUGGACAAGCAUCCCCCUCAUCAGCCCUCACCCCCACGAGGUAGACUGCAAAGUACUGGAAGAGCACCCACUUGUGGGAUAGGUGGACACAAAAUAGGACACUGAGACAGC